AUGGCAACUCUGCUCCAAGCUUCCCCAGCACACAGCAUCUUCCAGGGGUUUGUGGUGGCCACCAAACCCAUGUUAGUGUGUGAGCAAGUUGGAGCUGUGUCCAUACUGGAUGCAGGUGUGAAGCUGUUCCCCCACGUGCAGCUGGUGGCAAGAUAUGUGGGACAGUUCUACAUGGACCACCACCACGGGAAGGGGAUUUGCUACUGGCCUGAUGGGUCCAAAUUCACAGGAGCUCUUUAUCUUGGCCAUGUAGAAGGCUAUGGGACCCUGGAAUGGAAGGAUGGCAGAAAAUUUCAGGGGCUGUACAAAUCUGAUGAGCGAUUUGGACCAGGGAUUGAGAGCUAUCCAGAUGGCUGUCAGGACGUUGGCUUGUGGCUCAGGGAUCAUCUAAUUAAACUAUGUACUGAAGUACCUGGUUAUUUUUCACUCUUGGAUUAUCCAGCACACUAUAGAUACAUUGAUGACAAUUCUCAAAAGAAGUAUAUUUCAGUUGAGGAAGACCCGUUUCUCCGUAGCUAUAAACAUCUCCCUUUUGACGAUAAGGAUAUUUUCCCUGAAGGAGUCUUUGCAUAUUCUCGUAGCACAGAUCAUCUUACUUUGACUCGCUCCUUCCUAGAAGAGUGUGAUGCUUGGUAUUUUCAGAACACCCCAAAGCUGCCUGAGGAAGACCCUUGGCCUAUUGCAAAUGUAACCCCUCUACUAGUUAGAAUGCAGACGCAUGUUUAUAAGCACAGGCGCUGUCAAGCAGAGUUUACUUCAGAUGUCAACCUCAUUCUCAGUGGAGCCCGCAGUACUUAUGGGCCUCCAGGCCCCAGGGAACUUGCCUCAGAGCAGCUAAUUCAGAAGGCAGCAAGAGGAGACUAUGAUGGGGUCUAUGCAAUUCUGAGGAAUGGACUUGCUCAUCCAGACAUAGCUGACAAACAUGGAUACACAGCACUUGCUGCUGCUGCUGUUCAUUCCCACAAUGAUGUUGUCAAUCUUCUUCUUGAUAGUGGAGCUGAUGUGAAUAAGUGUAGUGAUGAAGGAUUAUCUGCUCUCUCCAUGUGCUUUAUUCUCUUUUAUCCAGAAGAAUCUUUUAAGGGUAAUAUUGCUGAGAGGAGCUUGCACAGUUACAAGUGGAGUGAACAAUCAGAAUCCUCAGAAACAGUCAAUGUGGCUGAAGGCAUAAUCUCAAAACGACAGAAGAGGUGGGAAACAAUCCAACUGCUGCUUCGUCGAGGUGCAGAUCCCAAUGCAUCCUGGGUCCCACCACACCUUCUGUUCUUUGCUGUUAAAGCUGCAGAUGCAGAAGCAGUGAAACUCCUCUUAGAAAGGGGAGCCAGGACUGAUGUGCGGCUUCCAUCCAAGUUAGGGGGGUUAACUCCUCUCCACAUAGCUGCCUCAAUUCCUGGGGAGGAAGGGGUCCAGAUAACACAGUAUCUCCUGCAUUCUGCCCCAGAUCUGAAUGCAAGGGCAGAAGAUGGAAAUGAGAUAUACGGUCCAGACAAGCCUCAAGCCAGAGAAGCCAACUUGACAGGUGGUGUCACUUUGCAACUGAAAAAUGAAGCAGGACCACCACAAGAGUACUUUUCCUCCUAUAGUGGUCCUGUCCCUGAAGAAGGUGGAAGGAGUGCAUUGCAUAUUGCAUGCGAAAGAGAGGAUAACAGUGAGCAUGCCAGAGAUGUUAUCUGCCUCCUUUUAAUGCAUCGGGCAAAUCCAAACACAUUGUGGAGUGGCCAUUCACCACUUUCCUUAGCAAUUGCCAGUGGGAAUGACUUGGCAGUGGUUGAACUCCUCAAACAUGGGGCUGACCCAAAUCUACCAUUAAGUGGAGCAGUAAGAAGUGCCCUCUGUGCAGCUGUCAGUACGGCAUAUGAACAGCAGAGAACGACAGCACAGAGGAUUGCUUUGGUUGAUAAGCUGCUUGAAGCUGGCGCAGAUAUCCUUGCACCAGUUACUCUUAGGGAAGGACAGAGAAAAGCUGUGGGAACAGCUGUGGACUAUGCCUAUUAUAAAUAUUAUCAGGAUAGGAGAAUUGCUCACACACCAUACCACACACUGUCAGCAUCUGAGCAGGAACUUUUUCAAACACGCCGAUCACUGCUGGAACACAUUACAGCGAAGCUCCGUGAACAUGUCAUCCUGAAAGAGAAAGCGUGGGAUCAAGAAGAGCUGAGAAGAUCCAAGAAAUUGGAUUCAGCCGUUCAUGCAUGUGUUUCAAAGAAGAAAGGAGAGACCCAUCACGUGGAAGAAGUGAGGCUACCGUUCUUUAAAUACUGCUAUCAGUGUGGACGUUCAGUUGGUGUUCAGCUAUCACCUUGCACGCAUUGUCAUGAAGUCUUCACUUGCAGUGAGACUUGCAGAAGGAAAUCCUGGAAUGAGCGGCAUAGGCAGGAGUGCUUGGGAUUGCUGGAGAGGAGUACAGGUCAAGCAGCUCCGGAUGCAAGCAGUGCAGGAUGCAAAAAGAAUGUCACUGGCGAAAAGGGGGGAAAUGGAAGAGAAGGAAAAGAUGAAAGGAGAAAUGGAAGAAAGAGUAAAGUUGGGACUGGUAGAAGAGAGCAUCACAGGAAGAAUGACUGA